AUGAACAUCUGCCGCAUUCUGGUUAGGGCUUCCGGCUCUCAUCAUCUCUGGAAGAGAGCCUAUACAACGGUCGGUUCUCCGGCUCCGAUGACGGCGAAUAAGAUGUUCGACGGCAUAAAGAAUCUCACUGCUGGUUCUUACUUAGACCUCAUUAGUAGGGACCAACGGAACAAUGGUUACUAUUUGAGUGAGGCGGAUCUCGUCGGCUGCGCAAACUUGCUUUGCAACGACGGGAAAGAUGAGAUAGCCCUCGAGAUUAGAGGACAUGUAGCUGCUAACGACUUGUUCCAGAGAGUAGAACCAAACUUCGAGAAGAUGAACCCUGGUGAUUUGAAGAACUGGCCUGCUAACAGGAAGCUCUUGGAGUUGAUGAAGCAGAAGAGCAUGGAAAACUUUUGUGCAAGACUUCAAUUCCAUACAAUGAUGUUGGAAAAAGCUAGUCCAAUAACACUUGCAUACCCUAAAGAGAACUUGGAAGACGAUGAUCUAAAGACAAGGACACUUGAACAUAUGGAAUCUGAAGAGAACUUGGAAAAAGAUGGUCCAGUCCCGUAG